AUGCGUCUAUCAGCUUUAUGGACGCUCGUGGCAUUCACUGCUGUAUCAUCAGCAGCGCCCUCCCAAGCUGAUCCCUGGGACGCCCUGACAGCAAAUUCCUUAGCAAAGCAAGCUCACUACCAUAAUUCAGACCCCAAUGGUGGAAACAACUGUAACCCUCACACAGCGAGUGUCAGACGGGAAUGGGGGUCUCUAAGCAAGAUAGAACGAAAGAAUUACAUCGAUGCAGCAUUGUGUCUGGCAUCUAAACCAUCCAAGUCUCCUCGUUCGUUUGCUCCUGGUGCACGGAACCGCCACGAUGAUUUCGUUGCCACACACAUUAAUCAGACGUGGUACAUUCACGGGACAGGCAAUUUCCUAACCUGGCACCGUUACUUCACCUGGGCUUACGAGCAAGCGCUGCGCAAUGAAUGCGGUUACAAGGGCUACCAGCCCUAUUGGGCGUGGAAUAAGUAUGCCGACGACCCACUGAGCUCUCCGCUGUUUGAUGGCUCUCCGUACAGCAUCUCUGGGAAUGGAGCAUAUAUCCUCCAUAAUGAUACCGAGAUCGCGCCGGGGGUGUUUAUACCAUCUGGAAGCGGUGGAGGGUGUGUUGAGAAGGGCCCUUUCAAAAACUGGGUCGUAAACCUCGGUCCUGUCUGGUCCAGCCUGAAGGUACCCGGAGUUGAGUCACAGAACGGAUCCGGACUGAACUACAACCCCCGGUGUCUCCGACGUGACAUUAAUAUCGCAGCUGCAGAGUGGACCAGAACUGAAAUUGUAAUGGAUCUAUUCAAAGAAAAGGAUAUCUGGGGAUUCGAGACCCUCCUGCAGGGCAUGGUCGCUACGCCCGGUUACCUAGGUGUCCACUCGGGAGGGCACUUCACCGUUGGUGGUGAUCCUGGCGGAGACUUCUAUACCUCCCCCGGCGACCCAGCAUUCUUUCUCCACCACGCCGCUAUCGAUCGGCUCUUCUGGACUUGGCAGAACCAAGACCCCGUGAAGCGCACGUACCAGGUUAACGGAGCUACUGGAUUCUGGACGCCAGAUGGAGUGUCUAUCAAUGCUACAUUAGAUGAUGUGGUGGACAUGGGGAGCUUUUUGGCGCCGCCGCAGACCCUAAGGCAGCUUUCGGAUACUACGGGGGGCCCGUUUUGCUACGUUUAUACCUAG